GAGAAUAUGACUUCCAGUCGAGUAGGAAGCACUGAAGAAUGGCGAAUCCUUCAUCUUCAUUGACAUGCACGAAAAUAACGUUGUUGGCAGUGUUAGCAGUUGUAAUACAAAUCAUCGGUCUCUCUCUCUUCGUUUUGGGCUUCUUUCCCGUCAAGCCUACACUUUCCGGCGUCAGCGGGUUGGAGAGUUUUUAUCCCCCGGGUUCGAAUUCAUUCGAAGGUCAAAAUGCAACCAUUUUGUCAGCUGAUCAGCUCAAAUCCUUAUAUCAGGAGUUGUCUGGGGUGCCUCCUUUAUUUGACCGUUUGAUACUGAUGGUAAUUGACGGUCUUCCUGCGGAAUUUGUGCUUGGAAAAGAUGGGCAUUCUCCUCCUGAAGCUUUUAAGGAGGCUAUGCCAUAUACUCAGUCAUUAUUGAAUCAAGGAAGAGCAGUUGGCUACCAUGCGAAGGCUGCACCUCCAACUGUCACUAUGCCUCGCUUGAAGGCCAUGGUUUCUGGUGCAAUUGGGGGUUUUUUGGAUGUUGCCUUCAAUUUCAACACACAAGCCCUCUUGGAUGAUAACAUUAUUGUUCAAUUUCUUAGAGUUGGUUGGAAGAUGGUGAUGCACGGUGAUGAAACAUGGCUUAAGUUAUUUCCUGGAAUGUUUGCGAGACAUGAUGGAGUUAGCAGUUUCUUUGUUAAGGAUACUGUCCAAGUAGAUCAUAAUGUGUCGCGACAUUUGGGUUUUGAACUAAAGCAGACUGAUUGGAGUCUUCUGAUUCUACAUUAUCUUGGCUUGGACCAUGUUGGACAUAUUGGUGGGCGCAAGAGUGUGCUGAUGGCCCCCAAACUGAGAGAGAUGGAUGAAACAAUUAAAAUGAUUGAUCAAGGAAUUGUACAAACUCAAGAGAAUGAUGGAGGACGGACACUCUUGCUGGUGGUUAGUGACCAUGGAAUGACUGAAAGUGGUAAUCAUGGAGGAUCAUCAUAUGAAGAAACUGACUCUUUGGCACUUUUUAUUGGUCCAAGAAAUUUUGGUGGUUUCAAAGUGACCCAUAACAAAGUUAACCAGGUCGAUAUUGCUUCAUCUUUAGCUCUUCUUUUUGGUGUUCCCAUUCCCAAAAAUAAUGUUGGCAUGCUGAUGGGAGAAGUUUUAAAACAUUUGACAGGUGUUACAAAUGACCAACAUCUUAGAUUAUUGGAAUUGAAUUCCUGGCAAUUACUGAGGUUGCUUCAUGCACAAUUGCCUGAUUUAGUAUGUGAAAAGUUUUCAUGCAAUGCCUCCAGGGAUGACGAUUCUGUGACAAGUGAUCUAGAAGAAAUGUUUUGUUGCUUGUAUCUGGAGGCUGCAUCUCUUCAUGAAUCCUGGAAAUCUCGAAGAGGCUCCAUGUCUAUGGAUGCAGAAAACUCUAGCGUAAUCAUUGCAGCAUAUCAUAACUUUUUAAGAGCAGCAAGUGAGUGGCUAUCUCGCAGAGCAACUGAUAAACCUGUAGGUCUUCUUGCGUCUGGAGUUGCAGCUAUGCUCCUGUCAUGUGUGAUGUUCUUGGGUCUUCUGUUCUUUCUAUGCCAAGAAUUCUUUGUUGGGGAGAAAAGAUCUCUGCGUCAUGUUAAUACUAGCUUGAACUCCUGGUUUUUGGAUGAGAUGCUUAUUUUGUUUAUUAUCAUAAUGCUUGUUAUUAGCAUGGGAUCAAGUUCAAUGAUAGAGGAAGAGCAAUAUAUAUGGUAUUUUUUUACCACCUCAUUUUAUUUGGUGGUACUCCGAAAAAUAAUGCAGUCUGUUACAUCACGAACUGUACAAAAUACAAAUAAUACGACUGAGAGUUAUAAGAGAAGAUAUAUUCAGAUUUCCUUGAUUAUUGUAGUUCUAAUUUCUGGAAGAAUUUUGAGGGGGUGGCAUCAAGGUGGUGUUAAUUGGGCUCAUCUUCCUGACAUUGCAAAAUGGCUUGAGCAGGCAGGAAGCACCUAUAUAAAGCUGUUGCAGAUGGUGUCUGUUGUCCUUGUAAUCAGCAUAAACUUAGUUUCAUUACUGUGGGUAAAAUGGUCAAAAAGAAAAUACGCCAUGGCGGUUUCAUUGAUAUACUCAUUCCCUGGACUGUUGGUUUUGCUGUAUGUUACUAAAUAUCAAGAUCUGACCUUUACGGUGUCCAGUUUUGAAGCUACUUUAAUGGCCCAGAUAAUAUAUGCAGUUCUGAUUAUUUCUGCAGUUGGGACUACUGUUUUUGUUCCAUGGCUUAUGCCCCUCAAAAAUCAUAUCUCCUUGUCCAGUACCUUCCAAAAUUCUUUAUCUAUGGUGGUUAGAGAUUCGAGCUACAUGAUUGGCUAUAUUUAUAUAUACUGUUGGUGUCUUCUACAGCUUCUGCUUCAGCAGCCUAUCAACUCAGUAGCCUUUUUAUUGCUUUUCAUGCAAAUUUUUGCUAGCAUUUGGCUCUUCUCCAAUUCCGACCAUCUUUUUAGACAAUGGGUUGAGGUUGCUGCACUCUAUUUUGUGGGAAUGGCGGGUCACUUUGGUCUUGGUAACACCAACACUCUCGCCACCAUUGAUGUUGCUGGGGCUUUUAUAGGCGUCUUGAAUCAUUCCACGCUGCUUUCUGGUAUCUUAAUGUUUAUCAUAACAUAUGCUUCCCCGAUUUUAUCUGUGCUUAGUAUGGUGGUGUACAUUGCUAUGAAGGAAACGAUGGGGAUAAAAAAUUCACAGGAGGAAUGUGAUUUUGGACAUUUGCUUAAGACGCUAAUUGGUUUUCCUUGUCUCGUCCCUUUGGGCUUAAAUUCCAUUCUUUUGAUCGCUUAUACAAUAGUAUUGCUGCUAAUGAGGAAUCAUUUGUUUGUCUGGAGUGUCUUUUCCCCAAAGUACUUGUAUGUCUGUGCUACUACGGCCUGCGUGUGUUUUGGUGUAACUAUUGUGGCCUCGACUAUAAUAUAUGUAUCGUCGGUCCUUGCAUUACGCGUGAAGAUGCACGGGUCUUGCAAACCCGAUUAAAAAAGGAUGUAGUGCCAACUGACUCCAAUGUUUCAAGAUGAGCAUGCUUUGCAACUGUUCAUCUUUCUAAAAUUCUGGCAGGUAAAGAGAAAAAAAAAAGAUCACUCUUGUACUACUUAGCUUAUCACUUCUUUCCACUCAGCACCCUUUUUCAUGGUUCUGAGGCUUUUUGGGAUUAUUAGAUUACUUGCAAGCUAGCUGUGUUCUGAGUUCUACUUUCCAGUUUCCAUACACAUAUAGGGGUUUUUGUGAAACCCAUUUUGUAUGUUAAUAUCUUUUUAUUGACCUUCUAAUGCAAUGUGCAAGUAUUUGUUACAAUUGCACAUUCGAAUAGCAGUUGCCGGUUUUCUUGUAAAUCUAAGUAUUUGUUAC